UUUAGUCGGUGGAAUUAACUUUGGCUUCGAACAGAAAAUGAAAAUGAAAGAGAAAUUGAAGUUGAAAUGAGAAUUGGAUUCGUCUUCUUGUCUUCAACCCUUUCUUCUUCUUCUUCACAGAUUGGAUCCUCCAUUUCUCGGUCCAUCGUACGGCCUACACCCUCACUCCUGCUCCAUCGUCCCUUUCACAUCAUUCCAAAUCGUACAACCACUCGAAGCAACAAUUUGCAGUUUUCAGCACGUACAACCCUUACUACAUCAGUUUCUUCCAUGGCUUCCUCUUUCAUGCCUGAACAAGCUAGGGUUCCUACCGCUCUCCAAUUGCCCUCUCCUUCCAUCACAAAGUUUAAGAUUGGGCUAUGUCAAUUAGCAGUGACAUCAGAUAAGGAAAGGAAUAUUAUUCAUGCUCGAACAGCAAUUGAGGAGGCUGCUGAGAAGGGGGCUAAGCUUGUUGUUUUGCCUGAAAUAUGGAAUAGUCCAUAUUCAAAUGAUAGCUUCCCAAUUUAUGCUGAAGACAUUGAUGCUGGUUCUGAUGCAUCUCCAUCAACUGCCAUGCUCUCUGAAGUAGCUCGACUUCUGAAGAUCACAAUAGUGGGAGGCUCUAUACCUGAACGCAGUGGGGACAAGUUGUAUAAUACUUGCUGCAUUUUCGAUGCUGAUGGAAAGUUGAAAGCUAAGCACAGAAAGAUACAUCUUUUUGACAUAGAUAUUCCUGGUAAAAUAACCUUUAAGGAGUCAAAGAUGCUUACAGCAGGAGAGACUCCAACUGUUGUGGAUACAGAGAUUGGCCGAAUUGGUAUAGGGAUUUGCUACGACAUUCGCUUUCAGGAAUUGGCUAUGCUAUAUGCAGCAAGAGGUGCUCACCUGAUCUGUUAUCCUGGGGCAUUCAACAUGACUACAGGACCACUGCACUGGGAGUUACUGCAAAGGGCAAGGGCAGUUGAUAAUCAGCUAUAUGUCGCAACAUGUUCACCUGCUCGAGAUGCUGGUGCUGGAUAUGUGGCUUGGGGGCAUUCCACAUUAGUUGGACCAUUCGGAGAAGUGCUGGCGACGACUGAACAUGACGAGGCGAUAAUCAUCUCGGAGAUUGACUAUUCACAAAUUGAGCAGAGGAGGACAAACCUUCCAUUAGAGAAGCAAAGGCGUGGUGAUCUUUACCAGUUGGUAGAUGUACAGAGGUCAAGUUCUCAGUAAUGCUAGUUAUGUGUCAUAAGGAGUGUAAUGAUGACAUGAAAACCUGAUAGUUUUGCUUGAGAACUGAAGUUCUAUGGAGAUGGGGAUCAUGUCUAGAAAAGAUGAUUGCUAAUUCUUCCAUAGUGGCUGAUGGUCAGAGUUCUAGUCAAUCAUCCUUAAUUUAAUCUUCAACUUUGGAUGUGCAACAUAUUCUGAUGCAGAAGGUGGAUGUUCUGCUUAUAGGAUAAUGACAUUAUGUGCAAUAAGGGAGACCGAUUGUUCAUGUAUUGUUCUGGUGAUUGUACUAUGUCUGUUUGGAAUAUAAUUGCGGCACUGCCCUUGUGUCAAUGAAAUCAA